AUGUCUGUGUUUCGAUGGAAAGGCAUCCUGGACCUUGUGGACAAGGAGUGGAUGUGCGACUCACUCGCAGACGACGACAUUGGCGUUCCGGAGGAGUUGGAUGCGAACCUUGACGACGAUGGCAGCUUGCUGCGCCUGGGGAGAGAGCCGCCCGAGAGAUGGAACGACUUGGGUCUGGAUCUGUUCGUUCCUGCGCAAACGCCUCCAUGA